AUGGCUCGACUAACAAAAUCCAAUGCUUCUGCAGAUGCAAUCCGUGCCUGUGUAGCGACUAAAACUCGAUUGAUUCAAGCUGGAAAAAACAUCAAACAGCAAGUUCAAGCAACAGAAGAAACUCUAUCAAAACUACAUAAUGACUUGUUUAACGAAGCAAAACACUUGCCCAAUGAUGUGCAUCCAAGUGUUCCUGUUGGCGAUGAGUCCAAAGCUGUUUUGGUUGAUACGAUUGGUUCUCCACGUACAUUGGAAUCCAAUCUACUCAUGGGAUCGCAAUCACCACUUAAAACUCAUCUGACAUUGGCAGAAUUACAUGAUAUGGUAGAUAUUGAUCGAGCAGGAAAAGUAUCUGGGAGCAGAUUUUAUUAUCUGCGCAAUGCUGGUGCAAUGCUAGAAAUGGCGCUAGUUCGCUAUGCUAUGGAUAUAUGUAUACAGAGAGGAUUUACGCCUGUUCUCGUUCCUGAUUUGAUUCGUCAUGAAGUACUUGAAGCGUGUGGAUUUAGUCCCAGAAGUGACGAUCCACAGACUUAUUACGUAUCGACAUGUGUGCCAGGUAAAGACAUUACCAAUACUGACAAUCCCAUGACACUGUGUCUUUCUGCGACUGCAGAGUUUCCUCUUGCAGGAAAAUACGCAGGUGAGGUACUCGACCAUCUUCCAAUCAACAUGUCAGGCAUGGGUCGUGCUUUUCGUGCCGAGGGUCUAUCUGGAUCUACCAAUCGUGGAUUAUACCGAGUGCAUCAAUUCACAAAAGUCGAGCUGUUUACAUUGGCACGACCAACCGAAAGCAUGAAUGUGUUUCACCACUUUAUUCAGAUUCAAAAAGAAAUCUUUCAAGGGCUCGAGAUUUGCUUUCGGAUUUUGAAUAUGCCUACCGAGGAAUUGGGUGCACCUGCAUAUAUCAAGUACGACAUGGAAGCAUGGAUGCCAGGUCGAAACGCUUGGGGAGAGAUUUCAAGCACAUCUAACUGCACAGAUUAUCAAUCACGACGACUAAAUAUUCGCUGUUUUCCGCAAUCCGGCGCAUCCAACGAGUCGUCAAAUGCACCAGACGUAGAUACGCACACGGCAACAGAGUUUGUUCAUACAAUAAAUGGUACAGCUUGUGCUGUACCCAGACUCAUGAUUGCUUUACUGGAAACCCAUCAGUUGCCAGAUGGAAGCAUUCGCAUUCCAGAAAAACUAAGAAAGUAUUUCCUUGGUGCUCAUGUGGAUGUUUUGCCUGUUGGUAAACGGAUUGAUCAACUUAUGGCUCAAUCUACAUCCGCCAAAUAA